AUGUCGAACCAAGACACUCCCUACGACCCUUAUAUCCCGGCUGGCGGCCAGCAAGGCCAGCAACAGCAGGGUGGCAAUGCCAGAACACAGGCGCUGCAGGCGCAAAUCGAUGACACGGUCGGUGUAAUGAGAGAGAACAUCAACAAGGUCUCUCAACGUGGCGAACGCCUUGACAACCUCCAAGACAAGACCGAUAACCUCGCUGUUUCCGCCCAAGGCUUCCGCCGUGGUGCCAACCGUGUCCGCAAGCAGAUGUGGUGGAAGGACAUGAAGAUGAGAAUGUGCCUGAUCGUUGGUAUCAUCCUUCUCCUUGUCGUGAUCAUUGUUCCAGUUGUGGUCACAACCACUAAAGGGCACUAA